AUUUAGCCUGGCCCGCUGAGGUCCACUGCUACAAGGCACACACGGGGGUACUGCAGGCUCCCCAUGGAUCUACACGGAGGUCUGCAAAGCCCGGCACGCACUACAUCGGCAGGUUUACCUGGUCACCAGGCGACAUACCACACAGUGAAUACCCCCCUCCAGUAACAUACCACGGAGGGCUCAAACGAAUCCAACCCCCCUACCUCCCAGCAACAGCAUGGAGGGCUCAAAUUAAUCCAAGCCCCCCUCCCACCCAGCAACAGCAUGGAGGGCUCAACGGAUCAACCCCCACAACCACAGGGGCACAACAGAGUUACACCAAGGAAAGGGGAAAUACAACUCACACACUAUUAGUAUUCACCGGCAACGUUACGCUGGAUCGCAACUCUCAUCACCCCAGCGUUGGGGUGCCCAAUUUGGCACUAAAGCACAUCCCUGUCAUACUCCCGCAAAAAUCACUUAACACAUCCCCCCCCACGAAGGGCCUUACUUACCCGUCAGAAGGGAAAUCACUCACCCGGCUGGAACUCCCUCUACAGGUUCAA